GAGUAAAGUAAGGUUUGCAAAACCAGAGGGUCCAUCCCUUCUCUUUUCCAGAAAUCCCAAAACCAAACCAUUACUUUGCUUCUCUCUCCACAUUCACUUUCUCACCCUAAAAUGGCGGCAGCUUCUAGAAAAUCAAGCGGGCCUGUCCUCCGAACGCUCUCGCCAGUCGGCAGAUUUCGAAGUUCCCGGCCACCGUCCGCGUCUUAUUCUUCCACCGCCCUCGCCUCUUCAACUUCAACCCUCUCCACACGCUCCACCACCUUCUUCCACCGCUCCAGGUCUCCCACACGUGUCAAUUUUUGUGGUUCUUCCGCUUCUUCCCGUUUCAGUUCAAACUCCCCGAACCGUUCCAUUUCGGUCGCCGGAACCAGCGCGGGCGAGGCGGCCAAACGGCAGAGCCACCACCAGAAGCGGACCUGCAUGUGCUCGCCAUCGACGCAUCCUGGCUCGUUCCGGUGCAGCCUCCACAAGAACUUCGGCUCUCGCCCGGCGCCGCAACAGUAUGCGCCGAAUCGGUUCAACGUGCGGCGGUCGGCGAUGACGAACUCGCUCGUGAAAAACCGCGGUGUGGAAGGCGACCUCGUGAAGAGAGCCUUGGCGUCGCUGAUCCGGCCAUCGUCGCACCAGCAGCGCCGCCGCGGCGACUUCCGGCGACAACCGAGCAGGCUGUCUCUCAUGUCCAAAGCGGAAGAACAUUCGUGAACGAAUUCUUCAAUUCGCCAGAACAGAUUCAGAUUUGCUGGCUUGGUGAAACGGUUCGGAACGGAUUAAGUCUUUUUGUUACUUCUAGAUCCGAUACCCAUGAGAUCGUUCUUUGUGCGUGUACAUAAUCUGGAAUUAGAAUAUACCAAAGUAAUAACCUUAAAAUAGAACACCAGUGAAAUAUUAGUCAGUGGUUGCCAUUAAUGGCUAUGCUUCAAGUUCUGAUCCUAAUUUCAUCAAAACAAUUUUGUUUAUAAUCUUUACUCAGUAGUUAAACACUUCUGAAUUAUAUCUACUA